UGGAUGCAAUCUUUUGAUUAAUGUCCAAAUUUUACUUGCUCUGCUCCCAAACCACAGGCUGGAUAUCUGCAGGCAGAGGGAAACUUUUUCUUUUUUUUUUUCUUUUUGUUUAGAAGUCUCGCUUUUAAGCUUUUAUAGGAUUUUAUUCACAAGGAUCUCUUUUGGAUUGGAUUGAUUUGGAGAAGCAGUGAUGCCUUUGAAGAAGAAGAAAGAGUGUUAGAAAGUUUCACCAAGUAAAGCAGAAGUUGGGAAAAGUUGUAAGCUUUGUGGGUGAUCAGUACUGACUCUUGGAACAUGACCGAGGAACAUCAUAGAAGUGAUGGAAGGGAUGUGGACAGGCAGCUCCGGCUCAGGGUCUGUGUGCUCAGUGAGCUAUUGAAGACGGAGAGGGACUAUGUGGGGACCCUGGAGUUCCUUGUCUCGGCAUUUUUUCACCGAAUGAUGCAAAAUGCAGCUGACAAACUCGAUAAAAAUGUCACAGAGGAAACUGUAAAGAUGUUAUUCUCCAACAUUGAGGACAUUCUUGUGGUACACAGAGACUUCCUGGCCCUCAUUGAAGAAUCCCUGUACCCUGAACCAAAUGCACACCAAGAAUUGGGAACCUGCUUUCUAAAAUUUAAAGAGCGCUUUGGCAUUUAUGAUGAGUACUGCAGCAAUCAUGAAAAGGCACAGAAACUACUUUUGGAACUGAACAAGAUCAGAUCAGUGAGAACACUUUUAUUGAAUUGCAUGGUACUUAGUGGAAGGAAGAACACAGAUGUUCCUCUGGAAGGAUAUCUAGUUGCUCCAAUACAGAGAAUAUGCAAGUACCCACUUCUUUUGAGAGAGUUACUGAAGAGGACCCCAAAGAGGCACAGUGACCAUGCAAAUGUGAUGGAGGCACUACAAGCAAUGAAGGCUGUGUGCUCCAAUAUCAAUGAGGCCAAGAGAAGGAUGGAGAAAUUAGAAAUGUUAGAGGAAUGGCAGAGCCAUAUUGAGGGAUGGGAGGGAUCCAGCGUAACGGACACAUGCAGUGAGAUGUUAAUGCAUGGUGUCCUUCAGAAGAUUUCAUCUGGGAAUAUCCAAGAGCGGAUCUUCUUCCUCUUUGAUAACCUUCUAGUAUAUUGCAAAAGAAAACAUCGGCGAUUGAAAAAUAGCAAAGCAUCCACAGAUGGGCACCGCUAUCUCUUCCGAGGCCGGAUUAACACUGAAGUGAUGGAAGUUGAGAAUGUUGACGAUGGAACAGCGGACUUUCACAGCAGCGGUAAUACUGUUACACAUGGCUGGAAGAUACACAACACUGCCAAAAACAAGUGGUUUGUGUGUAUGGCGAAGUCAGCUGAGGAGAAGCAAGAGUGGCUGGAAGCCAUAUUGAAAGAGAAGGAGAAGAGAAAGUGUUUGACUUUAGGAAUGGAGCAGGACACCUGGAUGAUGAUAUCAGAACAGGGGGAAAGACUUUAUAAAAUGAUGUGCAAACAUGGAAAUCUAAUCAAAGACCGAAAAAAGAAGCUGACCACGUUCCCAAAAUGUUUCUUUGGAAGUGAAUUUGUGGAAUGGUUACUUGAAAUUGGAGAAAUUAAUAGACCUGAAGAGGGUGUGAAUCUUGGUCAAGCUUUACUGGAAAAUGGAAUCAUCCAUCAUGUUACAGAUAAGCACCAGUUUAAAUCAGAACAGAUGUUAUAUCGGUUUCGUUAUGACGAUGGCACCUACUACCCAAGAAAUGAAAUGCAGGAUUUAAUAUCAAAGGGUGUUAGACUAUACUGCCGUCUUCACAGCUUGUUUACUCCAGUAAUUAGGGAUAAAGACUACCAUCUGCGAACAUAUAAAUCGGUGGUUAUGGCAAACAAGCUGAUAGACUGGCUAAUCGCUCAGGGAGACUGCCGGACAAGAGAAGAAGCCAUCAUUCUUGGUGUGGCACUAUGUGACAAUGGAUUCAUGCAUCAUGUAUUGGAGAAGAGUGAGUUCAAAGAUGAGCCUCUGUUGUUUCGAUUCUUCUCUGAUGAGGAAAUGGAGGGUUCCAAUAUGAAGCACAGACUCAUGAGACAUGACCUGAAGAUUGUGGAGAAUGUUAUCGCUAAAUCUCUCUUGAUAAAGCCUAGUGAUGGAACCUAUGGCUUUGGCUUGGAGGAUAAAAAUAAAGUACCUAUAGUAAAAUACAUUGAACGAGGAUCUAAUGCUGAGUUGUCAGGAAUGGCGAACGGGAAAAAAAUCUACGCUGUAAACGGUGACCUUGUUUUCCUGAGGCCAUUCCAUGAAGUGGAUUGUUUUCUGAGGACUUGCUUAAACAGCAGAAAACCUCUGAGGAUUCUCAUGAGCACGAAACCCAGAGAGACAGUAAAGAUUCCAGAUUCUCCGGAGGGACUUGGAUUCCAGAUUAGAGGAUUUGGGCCAUCGGUUGUACACGCUGUGGGUAGAGGGACCGUGGCUGCGAUUGCUGGUCUGCACCCAGGGCAGUGCAUCAUCAAAGUCAAUGGGAUCAAUGUCAGUAAAGAAAGCCAUGCAAGUGUCAUUGCUCACGUGACUGCCUGCAGGAAGUACCGGAGGCCAAUGCAGCAAGAUUCCAUCCAGUGGAUCUAUGACAGCACUGAGAGUGCCAAGGAAGAUAUCAUAAAAUCUGCUCAAACUCGGCCCUUAGGAGAAAAUGAAGGAGAUGGAUUUGAUUGCAGAGUAGAAGAGGUUAUUGACAAAUUCAGCACCAUGGCAAUCAUUGAUGGAAAGAAGGAUCACGUGAGCCUCACUGUGGAUAACGUUCACCUAGAAUAUGGUGUUAUUUAUGAGUAUGACAGCACAGCAGGAAUCAAGUGUCAUGUAGUGGAGAAGAUGGUUGAACCAAAGAGCUUCUUCAGCCUCAGUGCCAAGGUAUUAGAUGCUUUUGCUAAAUGUGAUGAACAGUUUGUGCAAAACUGCAGCAAUCUGCAUUCUUUACAAGAAGUCAUUCCUCCAGAGCUUCAGAGUAAAUUCACUAUGAUCUGUCGAGAGAAAAUUGAACAUAUUUACAGGAGAAUCACUAGUUACAGAAAGUUUUCAAGGGUUUUGAAAAACAGAGCCUGGCCUACAUUUAAACAAGCAAAGUCAAAGAUUUCGCCACUUCAUAGCAGUGACUUCUGCCCAACAAACUGUCAUUUCAAUGUCAUGCAAGUUUCAUACCCCAAAACCUUGACAUCACUUGGCAGUGCAUUUGGGGUACAGCUAGACAAUAGAAAACAGACUUCCCAGGACAAAGAAAACAAAAUCACAGAGCAAGGUAAACUUAAUCCUAUGGUGUACUUACAACACACAAUAACCACCAUGGCCGCACCUUCGGGACAUUCACUGGGUCAGCGUGAUGGCCAUGGCUUGCGCUAUUUGCUCAGAGAUGAGGAUCUGGAAACACAGGAUAUACAUCAUAAAUUAUUAUGCAAACUCCAGUCAGCCCUGGCAGAAGUGGAAACCUGUGCGUCUCAAAUUGAUGAAUUAUUGUCUUCAAUAACUUGUUCUCCCAAAUGUGACCGUAAGACAGAGAUGUUCAUAGCAGUGGACAGCGACAAUGAGAGGGGAGAAAAGAAUGGGAAGAGAGUGUGCUUCAAUGUUGCAGGGGAUGAGCAGGAGGAUUCAGGUCAUGAUACCAUCAGCAACCGAGAUUCUUACAGUGACUGUAACAGCAACAGAAACUCCAUUGCCUCCUUCACUAGUGUAUGCAGCAGCCAGUGUAGUUCAUACCUACACAGCGAUGACAUGGACUCUGGGGAUGAGCUGCCAUUAAAUGUCAGAAUUUCCCAUGAGAAGCAAGAUAAAUUACACAGCUGCUUGGAGCACCUUUUCAGUCAGGUGGAAUCAAUUACUAAUCUUCUAAGGGGACCAGCUGUUGCAAGGGCAUUUGAGCAAACAAAAUACUUUACACCGGGACGAGGCCUGCAAGAAUUUCAACAGGAAAUGGAGCCUAAAUUAAGCUGUCCAAAGCGGUUACGACUUCAUAUUAAACAGGAUCCUUGGAAUCUGCCAAGUAGUGUCCGAAUUCUUGCACAGAACAUUAGAAAGUUUGUAGAAGAGGUUGAAACGCGGAUACUUUUGGCUUUACUUGAAUAUACAGAUAGCGAAAUUCAACUCAGGAGAGAUAUGGUCUUCUGCCAGAGCUUGGUAGCUGCUGUUUGUGCCUUCUCUGAGCAGUUACUGGUUGCAUUAAAUCACAUGUAUGAUAGCAACAGAGAGUAUGAAGUAGAAACGCAAGAGGCCAGCAGAAGAUGGUUGGAGCAGAUUGCCAAUGCUGGAGUCCUCUUUCACUUCCAGUCCCUUCUUUCUCCAAACCUGACAGAUGAACAAGCUAUGCUGGAGGACUCGCUUGUCGCUUUGUUAGAUUUAGAAAAGGUCAUGUUUCACUUCAGACAAGCUGAACAAGGACCACAAAUGGCAAAUGUACCCAUCACCUAUCAGGCAGAGGGAAGUCGUCAGGCGUUGAAGAUUUUUUUCUACAUAGAUGAAUAUCACUUUGAACAUUUACCACAGCGACUGAAGAAUGGAGGCGGAUUCAAAAUUCACCCUGUCCUAUUUUCUCAAGCCCUGGAGAGCAUGGAUGGCUAUUAUUACAAGGAUAAUGUUUCUAUAGAGGAAUUUCAAGCUCAGAUUAAUGCCGCUUCACUUGAGAAAGUUAAACAGUAUAAUCAGAAACUAAGGGCUUUCUACUUGGAUAAGACAAACCUUCCUCCAAAUACCACAUCUAAAGCUGCUUUCAUUGACAAGCUGAUGAGACCAUUAAAUGCUUUGGAUGAACUGUACCGGCUGGUAGAUUCCUUUAUUCACUCCAAACGUACAGCAGCCUGUGCCUACACAGCUUGUGGUGCCUCAGGAGUUGGACUGCUGUCUGUGUCUUCAGAACUUUGUAACCGGCUUGGAGCCUGCCACAUAAUAAUGUGCAAUAGCGGGGUGCACAGAUGCACUUUGAGUGUCACUCUUGAACAGGCUCUUAUCCUUGCCCGAAGUCAUGGGCUGCCUCCCCGUUACAUCAUGCAAGCUACAGAUGUCAUGAGAAAGCAGGGAGCACGAGUUCAGAAUACUGCCAAGAAUCUGGGUGUUCGAGACAGAACUCCGGCAUCUCUUCCAAGGUUAUACAGGCUAUGCCAGCCCCCGCCUGCUGAUGACGAGCCCUGAAUAUACCUACAUUGAAAGAAAACUUUUUAAAAUCACAACUCAUGUCAUGACUGCUCUUGUACAUAUAAAGUCGAUAGGAGACCAAAAUGCUGCAUUAUUGAUGUAAACAAGGACUACACUAGCGGCAUAAACUGUACACUGGAAUCCCAUUGGAUGAAGCACUUAAACGUUGUAAAAAUUUCAACAUGAACACUGUACAAUGAAGGAAUUUUGAUUGCUGAUUCAUAUACAUUUUCACCUAUAAACAGGACAUAUAUUUUGUAUUAAUGUUAUCAGUAAAAAUGGAAAUGCUAUGCUACAAAAAGGAAACAUUUGUACCCACUUGCUAUCAAUAAACAGCAAAAUAUGUUAAAUAUGUGAUCAUUCUGUAUAACAAGCUUACAAAAACUUUGCGUAGAGGCAUUUCAUUAAUAAAAAUGUAAAAUAUUUUUCAGCUGGUCAAAUAAUUUCAAAAGGACAUGUAAUAGUGUUUGUUUAAUUAAAAGACUAACAUGUUAAUAAUGUAAGGCUCUUUGACCUUUCCAAUAAAAAAUUUCAGUUAUCAAUUUAAUAUGCAAUAUUAUGGUAUAAAAAUGACACUUUUAGUUAUUAUACAUGCAUAAUUUUUUUUUUUUUUUUGUAACAGGGAUACUCAAAAUGUGUUACUUUCACCUUAGGCUAUGAGAAAAAUUGUUAAUCUAUCUCUCUGUGCAUUUAUUUUAAUUCACAUUGGAUUAAUCGUUUUAUAAAUGUUGUAAUGUCUUGACUUAAAGGCAAAUCAGAGUGUAGGCAGAUGACAUUAAAAUGUAUGUAAAUGCAACAUUUUAUUUUUGUUUCGGAUAGGGUAGGAAAUGGUUAGAAUGGCUGUCAAGUUUUUGAUGCUGUCUCUCUUCCCUCUGGGGAUAAUCAACCCUCUAUUUGACAAAAAAUGAGGAGAAAUCCAAACUUUCGUUUUUUUUUUUUUGUUGUUUUGCAAGAACAAGAGAUAAGGGAAAAUCCUCCAAUGAGGAUACUUGCUCCUGUAACAUCUCUCUAAUAUGAAAAUCAUUUUUAAUUUGGGGAGAUUUCUUCUCAUUUCGUAUGGUGUUCCUGGAUGGGAUGUUAAGGUAAAUCCCCCCUGCAGUGCAUAGAAAGCAAAAAAUAACCUGAUGAGUUUAACUAUUUUGGCUUUACAUACAUUUUAAAAGAAACUUGCAAUACCAGAAAUAAGGGGGCUGCCAUUAUUGACCUCCUUUCUUUAAAAUGCUAUCAGUCUGGCUUUUAUGCUACCUUCUGGCUUUCAAACUUUGCAUUACUGAUCUUCCAAUUAUGCAGAUAAUUAAUGUCACAGAACAGUCGUAAGCCCUGACUUCUACAUACUUGCUCUGGGUCAACUACUAAAAUUAAGAAAUCCAGAGGAUCAGCAUAACGGUCAAGCAACUUGCAUUUUUAGAAUAAGAGGUCGGUAGUAAUAACCUUUUUGUUUCUCUUGGAACAGAAAAUUUACACCCAAAAACAAAAAAUGUAUAUAUACAGUAUAUAUAACAGAUAUCAAUAUUCAAAACAAAGAAUAUGACAUUUAUUAUACCCAGACUAAAACUGGAAUUUUUUACAUGUAUGUAAUUUUGUUACUAGCCAAUGGAAGGAGAACAAGGCAGCACAAUAACAGUGUGUAAUUUUAUUUUAUGGAUUGUCUAGACUGGAAAUCAUUUGUGUGUGGGAAAAUAGCUAAUACGAUUAAAAUCUAUUUUGUAUAAACCAGUUUAUUAAAGUUAUGUAAAUAAUAUACAGAGGUCAUGUUACUCGUAAGCCAAUCAUUUAAUCAAAUCCACUGGUUGCAGUGUAUCCCUCGUAACUCCAUUAGCACACAUGGGUUUGUUUUGAAUGUUUGAUCAAAUACUUUUUUUUGUUUAACUAUAUCUUUCCUUUCUCCUGUAGUAUUCAAAUACUGUAGCUUGUCAUUCAAUAUAUAGUUUUCAUGUUAAAUAGUUAUUUAUAUUCUGUUCAGUGUGUUGGGAAAGUUAAUUUGUAUCUAGAAAAUAGAAAGUUGUGUAUAAAACAGAGUAACUAGUAUCUAGUAGAUAAAAAUAUUUUUGUACAAUUUGUCGCCAAGAAAGGAAAAAUGAAAGUGAACCUGUCCCUUGUCCAUUGAAGGUAAAGUAACAGGCUCCCUGCUUAACAGGCCUUUUCUUCUGCUGGUACUUUUAUUUUCUUCUCCACCACCCCUUCUGCCCACUAAAUCUCCUUUACUAUAAUCCCUGUGUAAAUUCUGGGCCAGAUCUCGGCUGGAGCUUGAGUAAGGCUUGAGUAAGGCUAAGGACCUUCUUCUUACUCGAAAGUGUUCAGGUUUGAAGGUUGGCUGAUCAUGGCUAAGUCCUCCUGUUUGCACAAGAUAGCAUUCAGGUAUGGCGAUUGGCUGAUUAGACACCAAGCAUUGCAUUGCGAAAAGAGUGGCAUGAGUAACAUGGUCCCUCUACCCAGUACCAUUUUUUUCUCAGGUGUGGUAAGAAAACUGGGCAGUUGGGGAACUUGAGCAAGGUAAAUAUCAGCAGCGGAGGGGACCUGUUAUGUGGAAACCAAUUAUUUUGUCCUAAAUGACCAUAAGGUCUACAUUUGUCUUAGGGUAGAAAAGGUUUUAUAACCAUCUUUGAUUUUUUUUAAAUAAAUGUUUUUUGUAGUGCAUUAUAAACAGGCCGCUACUAAAUGCACCCACCUGUUUACAAUUCAUCCUAAACAGUCUUCAACUUUGUGUACUGACUGUCUGGACAUUAAAAAUAUGUUUAAUCAA